UGUUCAAACUAACACUAACCUCACUUUCCAGUAUAAUCACAGUAUAAUUUAAAAACCAAUAUUUUUAUUAAAGAAUAAGUUGAUUAACUUUCUUGUGUAGUGACAUUCUACAAUGAACUUUUUAAAACAACUCAUUCCUAAAGUGCCAGUACGUCAAACACUGGUUUCAAUCGCGAAAAGUGUUGUUGAAAAGAAAAGUCUAACAGAUUUUUCCACACUACUUUCAACUCAAUUUUCAGCUCUUCAGAUUCAAGAAAGAUGCGCAUCUUCUUUAUACCAAAUGCACAGGAAAGGACCUCACAUAAAACAGAGAAAAUCUCGUAAUCCUUUUGAUGGAAAACCCUUUAUGAAGGGCGUCGUUUUAAAAACCUUGAUCAGAAAACCGAAGAAACCAAACUCCGCCAAUAGAAAAUGUGUGCUAGUUAGGUUAUCCAAUGGAAAAGAAAUGAUAGCCUAUAUACCAGGAAUUGGACACAAUUUACAGGAACACAAUAUAGUACUUUGCAGAGUAGGAAGACUACAGGAUUGUCCCGGUGUGAAAAUCAAAUGUGUCCGAGGAAAAUAUGACUUAUCUCACGUGGUUAUUAAUAGAAAAUAAUGUUUGUUAAAGCUAAUAGUGUAAAUAUAAUUUAAUGUUC